AUGUCCGGUGGCACCCACACCCCAACCUCCCCCCGCACCUCCAUAGCCCACCUCGUCGCAGCCGCAGAACAUCUCGAGCGCUGGGACCACCACGACUCCAAAACCGGUAGCCCCACCGACGACUCCACCACCACGACGGCAGGGAAGCGACGGGCGGUCGCGGGCUCGGGCAGUGUGUCCGCAGCGGGGUCACGAAGGGCGUCGCGGUCGAGUAGUCCCGAUCGGAAUGAUGGCGCGGGAGACGGUGAGAAUAGUAGUAGUAACGGCAAUGGGAAUGGGAAUGGAACCACUACCGGUGGAAGGAAGAAGAAACCACCUCCAGCGAAACGCAAAGUAACCCACGCAUGCAUUUUCUGUCGACGGAGCCAUAUGACAUGCGACGACCACCGGCCUUGUAAACGGUGUAUCAAGAGGAAGAUAGGGCAUUUGUGUCGGAAUGACGAGAAGAGUGGUGGUGGUGGUGGGGGUGGUGCUGGUGGUGCUAAUAGCGGAGCGGUGGAUGCGCAUCGUGGGAUAGGGUCAGAGGACGAGCAUACCCAGUCGUUGGAUGUCGGCACCGGGUAUACGGGCGAGGUGGUGGAUGUCGGGCCGUCACCACGCACGUAUCUGGACAUGGCGGACCUAGGCGCGGCAGCUGGGGUGGUGCCGAUGAGCUCCAUUCUGAACCCUGCCCACGCCAACAGCAGCAACAGCAGCGCGGCAAACGAUAUAGUCAACCUACCUUCAACGCAGGUGUUGAACGCCAACAUGGCCAGCGCGUUGGUUAACAUCGACGCUAUUUCACAUCACCAGCAACAACAACAUCUCCCGCAUCAGCAUACGGCACCGACACACCUGCCGAGCUAUGCUGCGUACGAUAACGGGUUCGCGCAUGCAGGCAUGUCUGGGUUCCCGCACGUGUUUGCGUCAGCGAGUAUGGGCAACGAGUUUGCAGUCUUGUCUGAUUUCUUAUCGAGUUGGGACGGCACGCUGGACGGCAUCAACCAGCAGCAGACCCUGGGCGUCGGAUACGAGGCCCUCGAGGGGUUGGUACAAGAACCCCAGGACGGCGCUCUCACCACCGACCCCGCCCUCCCGCAACCCCCACCAACAACAACAACCACCACCGGCCGAAAAUACUCUGACACCUCCCUCAACGGCACCAAACUCUCCUCCGCCGAGCGUUUCAUCCUCACCGCGGCCGACCCCAACGACGGCCCCAACGAAGACCGUCUCCACUCCAUCAUCCUUGCCAAAAUCGACGCAGGGCUUCUCAAACCCUACAACUACAUCAACGGCUACACCCGCUUGCAGAAAUGGAUGGACACGCACAUGUCCGCCCCAUCCCGCCAACGUAUCCUCCACGUACUCGGCAUGUUCCGUCCCCGCUUCCGCCAAGUCGCGCAGAGUCUCACCGACUACGACCUCGUGAUGGUCGAAGAAGCCUUCGAGCGGCUGUUACUAGAAUACGACCGCGUGUUCUCAGCCAUGGGCAUCCCCGCCUGUCUCUGGCGGCGCACGGGCGAGAUCUACAAAGCCAACAAGGAAUUCGCGAACCUUGUCGGACUCGAAGGCGGGGAACUGAGGGACGGGAAGGUGAAGCUGUAUGAGUUGAUGGAUGAGGAUUCGGCGGUGAAUUAUUGGGAGAAGUAUGGGAAUAUUGCGUUUGAUGCGGGGCAGAAGGCCGUGCUUACUAGUUGUGUGUUGUUGCCGAGGAAGGGGAGUAAGAGUAUUACGGUGGGUGGGACGCCGACGACGACGACGGGGGAGCCGCAGGAGACGAGAGGCGAGCAUUGCUGUUUUAGUUUUACGAUUCGGAGGGAUAAGUAUAAUAUCCCGUUGCUGAUUGCAGGCAAUUUCCUCGUCGUACGCAGCAACAGCGCCACCACACCGGCUGCCCAAUAA